AUGACGUUGACUCCGACGACCAAUGCAACGCCCAGCUGUCAGAAUUCCUCCGCCGCACGUGUAGACGCCGCGCGGGCAGCAGAAAACACGGUUAAGUGUGAACAUAGCCUAAAAAGACACAUCUUGAUUUGUCCGUGUUUAUUAACCACUCUGUGUCUGUCCUCCGUCUCCCAGGCGACAGACUUGUCCGUGGAUGAGUCCAGUCUGACGGGGGAGACCACCCCCCGCUCAAAGACCACCUACCACCAAGAAGCCUCCACCAACGGAGACAUGGCGUCCCGCAGCAACAUCGCCUUCAUGGGGACACUAGUGCGCUGCGGCAGAGCCAAGGGCAUCGUCAUCGGGACCGGAGAGAACUCCGAGUUUGGGGAGGUGUUCAAGAUGAUGCAGGCGGAAGAGGCUCCUAAAACGCCGCUACAGAAGAGCAUGGACCUGCUGGGAAAGCAGCUCUCGCUCUAUUCCUUCGGCAUCAUAGCUGUCAUCAUGCUGGUGGGCUGGCUGCAGGGGAAGAGGAUCCUGGACAUGUUCACCAUCGGUGUCAGUCUGGCGGUCGCUGCCAUCCCAGAGGGUUUACCCAUCGUGGUGACGGUGACGCUGGCGCUCGGCGUGAUGCGCAUGGUGAAGAAAAGAGCCAUCAUCAAGAAGCUUCCCAUCGUAGAAACUCUGGGCUGCUGUAACGUGAUCUGCUCCGACAAGACGGGGACUCUGACCAAGAACGAGAUGACCGCCACUCAGCUGUUCACGUCGGACGGACUCCACGCUGAGGUGACCGGCGUGGGCUACAACGGAGCGGGAGAAGUUUUACUGGACGGCGAGGUCAUCCACGGCUUCUCCUGCCCGUCAAUCAGCAAGAUCGUGGAGGUUGGCUGUGUGUGUAACGACUCCAUUAUCAGGAACCACACUCUGCUGGGACGACCGACGGAGGGAGCGCUCAUCGCCCUUGCCAUGAAGAUGGGGCUGGAGAGCCUGCAGCAGGAGUACGUCCGUCUGGACGAGCAUCCCUUCAGCUCGGAGCAGAAGUGGAUGGCUGUCCGCUGUGUUCACCGCACCCUGCAGGAUAAGCCGGGAGUUUACUUCAUGAAGGGAGCGUAUGAGCAGGUGAUCCGCCUCUGCAGCUCCUAUAACAGCCGAGGAUCCACACUGUCACUGAACCACCAGCAGAGGGAGCUGUACCAGCAGCAGAUCAGCUACAUGGGCUCAGCUGGUCUCAGAGUCCUGGCGUUUGCGUCGGGUUCCGAGAUGGGGAACCUGACCUUCCUGGGUCUGGUGGGCAUCAUCGACCCCCCAAGGUCCGGCGUCAAAGAAGCCGUGAGCGCGCUCAUCAGCUCCGGAGUCGCCAUCAAGAUGAUCACCGGAGACUCCAAGGAAACCGCCGUGUCCAUAGCCAGCCGGCUGGGUCUGUACUCUAAAGGCUGUCAGUGUUUGUCUGGAGAAGAGGUGGAUCAACUCGACCUGCAGCAGCUUUCAAACAUCGUCCCCAGAGUAGCGGUGUUUUAUCGAGCCAGUCCCCGACACAAGCUGAAGAUCGUCAAGUCGCUCCAGAACAUCGGCGCCGUGGUGGCCAUGACAGGCGACGGGGUGAACGACGCCGUGGCGCUGAAAGCGGCCGACAUCGGCGUGGCGAUGGGCCAGACGGGCACCGACGUCUGCAAGGAGGCGGCCGACAUGAUCCUAGUGGACGACGACUUCCAGACCAUCAUGUCGGCCAUCGAGGAAGGAAAAGGAAUUUACAACAACAUUAAAAACUUUGUCCGCUUCCAGCUGAGCACGAGUAUUGCAGCUCUGACGCUCAUCUCCUUGGCAACGCUGAUGAACUUCCCCAACCCGCUGAACGCCAUGCAGAUCCUGUGGAUCAACAUCAUCAUGGACGGCCCUCCCGCUCAGAGUUUGGGCGUGGAGCCGGUGGACCGGGACGUUAUACGACAGCCUCCCCGUAACGUGAGAGACAGCAUCAUCACUCGCAGUCUGCUGGUCAAGGUGCUGGUGUCGGCGCUCGUCAUCGUCUGUGGGACGCUGUUCGUCUUCUGGAGAGAGUUGCAGGACAACGUGAUCACUCCUCGAGACACCACCAUGACCUUCACCUGCUUCGUCUUCUUCGACAUGUUCAACGCUCUGAGCUCGCGUUCUCAGACUCGGAUGGUGCAUGAGAUGGGUCUGUGCAGUAACAGGUCCUUCUGUUACGCCGUCCUGGCCUCCAUCAUGGGUCAGCUGCUCGUCAUCUACUUCCCUCCUCUACAGAGCAUCUUCCAGACGGAGAGCCUCAGCAUCUUUGACCUGCUGUUCCUGGUGAGUCUCACGUCCUCGGUGUGCGUUGUGUCCGAGGCCAUCAAGAUGGUGGAGCGGUGGAGGGGAGCGGAGAGGAAAAGCACGCCCUCCGACUGCUUCCACGAGGUAUGACCUCCCCUCCCUCCACACACACACACACACACACACACAAGAAAUGAAGGACUCUGACGUUUGGAGGAGGAGGAGAAAGAAGAAGAAGAGGAUGAGUGUGAUGGUUUUUUUUAGGAUCUUACAACAAAUGGCACUGACUAAUUAAGACUGCGAGGACUUGUGGGAAUUUUUUUCCUGCGAGGUUCUCCGGAGAAACUCUGGUCUGGGACCGGAGGAAGUUCCCCGGCAGCUUCGGGAGGUGAGUUAGCGGACUGGACUUUGGAGAAACUGGGAGGACAAGAUGUCUACUGGGAGAUCUGACCCUUUACUAGAGCUCCACAGCAGCUGUUUGUCGGUGCUCGGCCUUGCCGUAGACUCCCGACCGUAGCUUUGGGGGGAACAUACCGAAUACAACUUCCAGUUUCGUUAUUUAGGACGUAAGAACCAAUGCUAUAGAUACAUGUGCAAUUCUCUUCCAGUCUUUCCUUUCUUUUUUUUUAUCGUAUCUUUUAGAAGGUGUUGACCACUACUCAGCGUUUUCAUGAUUGAUAUUGAUAUUGAUAACUUCUUGUUUUGAUUCCUCUAUAGAUGGUUUACAGUUAAUUUGCCUAGGUGGAGGUUUAACGGUACAAAAUGUGUGCUCCGUUACAAAGUUAUUAUUGUUUUUUGUAGGUCACCCGGGAAAACAAUAUGUUUAAUUCCUCUCUGUUUAUUUAGCAAAAAGUUCUAAUUUCUGCUGUAAAAAUUAAAACACUAUAAGAUUUACUUAUAUUUCAAUUAUUUAAAGAAGCUAAGGCGUUAUGUCAGUGUUGCUGUGUGCACUUAAAGGAACAUUGCAGUUCACAUCGAGCGUAACGCUUUAGUUUUAUGUUUUCUGCUACGGAAGUCUAUGACUGCCAAUAUAUAAGAAGAUAAUUAAAGCAAAUUAAAAUUAAAUUUUCAUCAUAA